AUCUUUCACAUGGGAGCGUCGGAGAGCCUGCCUUUGCAACCAACAGGCUUCCCCCCCUUCAACACAUCCUCAAAAGCAACCUUACUGUGCGGCAUUUUCGCAAUUGACCCCCAUUAACACACACGGCACAGAAGGAAACUCUUUUGGAAUACGCAAGAAAACACACAAGAACACUUUACUUUCGCUUCGUACACUUUAAAACGAAACAAACCUGUCAGUCGGCACAUGCCCCCUCUGCAAAGAGGUCCGCUGUCCGCUCACUGCGAAUUCCAGCGGACGUCAUAUCCGCCACUGGUAGCUUUGAAGAGAAACGAGUCCGGAAAAGCACCAGAGCUUUCGUCCUUUGCCGUGACAAAGUCGUUACCGGUUGACGGCUUGACACAAAGAAUACCCCGACGUCACAAUGGCGAUAACCUCCAUCCACUCUUACUACCCGACAUCCUAAUCCCCAUACUAACCUACGUACAAAAUGCACGACACAUACUGCCCGAUUCUUCCAACUCCGACCUCCCAUGCACCUCCGACACAACACUCCGACAACUAUAUACAUGCGCCUUGGUUUGCCGAACGUGGAACAUGUUUGCCACAAAAAUGUUAUGGAGUGAACUCCGACUGGAUAAUUUUUACACCUUUCGACGACUUUUGCGAACCUUUGCGCCAAAAAGUCGGUGGUUAGAGUUGAGGGAGCGCGGUCAGGACAGACUAGAGGCAGAGUGGAGAAGAGGCGGUGUUUUUAGUGUGAUUGGUGCCGUAUUGGGAGGAGUAUGGGAAGUGAGCGAGAAACUUGUUAAUCGGGUGGCAACCGAUGGUGGAAAUGGGGUGCCAACUAUUGUGAAGGAUUGGAAUUUGUUACCCGAAAUGUGGAGGUCAAGCUUGUUGACACCAGAAUAUACACAUUUGUAUGGAGGAAUGGUCACGAAAUUGGUUUGUUACAAGCUCUCCGACAUCACCGACGAUCAUAUGAUACCCAUCCUACGUCAGUGCCAUAACCUCACGCAUUUGGAACUUGAUUCUUGCCACAUGCUCACAAAUGCCACCAUUGUCACCGCUGCCCACCAUUGCUCUCGUCUAAGUCAUCUAUCAACACCCCAUGUCCCCAAAAUCACAGAUACGUCCCUAUCCGAACUUACUCGCUUCUCCCAUAAAACCCUCGUACACCUCGACCUCCGCUUCUGCUCUCUCAUCACUGACAAGGGUCUCUGUCCACUCUUUCGACGCUGUACGCGACUGCGUCACAUCAAUCUGGGUCGGAGGGAGGACGGAAACUGUGUUACUGAUCGAUCGCUGUACGUCCUGGCACGAAAUUGCAAGUCGUUAGUGGAGUUGGGUUUGACGGGAUGUCGAGUAACAGACGAAGCCAUUGGGCUGGUUGUCGAAGAAUGCGGAGAGUCCUUGAGGACACUGGAAGUAAAUUAUUGCCCCAUAACGGAUAAGAGUUUAACACGCAUCAAGAGCCAGUGCAAGAAGCUGGCAGUUUUGGAAGUCAAGGGAUGUGUAUUGAUAUCGGACAUGCGACCUCUGUGGACGCUCAUCCAACAACGGGUGCGCGUCGAGCUAUGCCAGGAUCUCAGGACGCGGAUGGUAGAAGCUGGAUUGGCGGGAAUGUUUUCAGCAACAUCUUUGAUGGGAGGAAUGUAAUAUUAACAUUAUCAGCAGUCUCGAGCAAGUCUUGGGAUUAAAUGUGAAUGGGAAGGCUUUUGCUGAAGAUUUCAAAAAUACGAGUAGGAGUGCCAGAGGAAUUUCCAGGAUAGUUCUGGCCAUUUACUCCCUGUAUAAUCUUUUCCGAUCUUAUCUUAUUUCAUCUUGCGC